AUGCUUCUGCUUCAAAACGUUUAAAUUGAGUUUUAUAGAAGAUAGCUAUAUAACAAAAUGGUAUAAUCAUUAAAUAACAAGAAAUUUGAAAUCCAUACUAAAGAAACUUAGGUAUAACUAAAGUCAUUGUUAUUGUAAUUGACACAGUCUAUAUAAUUUAUUUUAAUUACACAAGCAACUGCUGCAAAUAUAGAUCCAAUUGCCAAUUCUUAGACAGGAAAAUGUUUUUCCAUUAAAGAUUCUAAUAAUACAGAAUAUAAUCCUCCUAAACCUGCUCCAAUAAAGAAAUUAAUGAAAACUAAUAUAAUAAAGGGAGUAUGUUCAAAUAAAAUAAUUUCGAAAACUAGCAUCCAAAAUCCUAAACUAAUUACAGUUUUAAUGUAGUUAUCAUAAUUUUAUUGAAUUCCAGCUCUGGAUUACUUUUAUAAUUUCCAUGUACAGUAAGAAGCAGCUACAAUUUAACCGACUUAGAAGUAGAUAUUAGUUUAAGUCACUUAAAUAUAAGUUUAACCCAAAAAAUAUUAUUGUGUACCGAAUAACAUUGUAUAGCAC